AUGACAUCAGGCAUCCAGUCCUUCUUCCUCCUGCUGCUGCUACUCUUAGUGCUUCCAGUUCUUACAAGUUCUAGCCCCCAAACCACAACUGGCCAAGGCCAUCCAUCAUCCAGCUUCACUGAGAGAAAUACUGGGAGCAUGGCCAGCACUUUACACUCCAUCCACAGUUCUGGUUCAGGCUCAGGUUCUCCAGCCUCCGAUGUCACGUCUGCCCUGGACACCAGACCAACCUCAGGCACCACCACCACUCCAGCACCUGAUGUCACUUCAGCCUGGGACACCAGACCAGCCUCAGGCUCUACCACCACCCCAGUGCCUGAUGUCACCUUGGCCCCGGACACUAGACCAGCCUCACGCUCUACCACCACUCUAGCACCUGAUGUCACCCCAGGCCUGGAAACCAGACCAGCCUCAAGUGCCACCACCACUCCACCACCUGAUGUCACCUCGGCCCUGGACACCAGACCAGCCUCAGGCUCAAAUACCACACUAACACCUGAUGUCACCUUGUCCCCAGACACCAGAUCAGCCUCAGGCUCCACCACCACUCCAGUGCCUGAUGUCACCUCGGCCCCAGACACCAGACCAGUCUUGGACUCAACCACCACCCUCACACCUGAUGUCACCUUGGCCCCAGACACCAGAGCAGCCUCUGGCUCCACCACAACUCUACCACCUGAUGUCACAUUGGCCCCAGACACCAGACCAGCCUCAGGCUUCACCACGACUCUACCACCUGAUGUCACCUUGGCCCCAGAUACUAGACCAACCUUAGGCUCCACCACCACUCCACUGCCUGAUGUCACCUCAGCCCCAGGCAGCAGACCAGUCUCAGGCUCAGCCACUACCCUCACACCUGAUGUCACCUUGGCCCCAGACACCAGACCAGCCUUAGGCACCACCACCACUCCAGUGCCCAAUGUCACUUCAGCCUCAGACACUAAACCAGCUUCAGACAUCACCACCACUCCAGCCCCUGAUGUCACUUCAGCCCCAACUAGGAGUUCUACAUCAGGUUCAACUUCUACUCUGGUGCAGAGUGGCAUCUCUGCCAAGGCUACCAUAGCCCCAGAUGCCAAGAUUACCCCAUCCUCAAUUCCCAGCCACCACUCUGACAUUCCCACCUCCUUGGCCAGCCACAGCCCCAGAACUAUUGCCAGUAGCACAGUACCUUCUCCCACCUCCCUCAGGCACACCACUUCUUCCCAAUUGUCUGUUAGGGUCUCUUUCUUCUUCCUGUCUUUUCACAUUAUAAACCUACAGUUUAAUUCUUCCUUGGAAGAUCCCAGCACCAACUACUACCAAGAGCUGCAGAGAAACAUUUCUGAAUUGUUUUUGCAGAUUUACAAACAAGAGGAUUUUCUGGGCAUCUCUUCUAUCGAUUUCAGGCCGGGAUCUGUGGUGGUAGAAUCAACUCUGGCCUUCAGGGGGAGUACUGUUAGUGUCCAAGAUGUGGAAAUGAAGCUUCUUCAGCAUGAAGAGAAAGCAUUCAGAUAUAACCUGAACAUCACAAGAGUCAGUGUGCAUGAUGCGCCAGUUCCUUCCUCUGCUCAGUCUGGGUCUGGGGUACCAGGCUGGGGCAUUGCCCUGCUGGUGCUGGUCUGUGUUCUGGUCGCGUUGGCCAUCGUGUAUCUCAUUGCCCUGGCUGUGUGUCACUGUCGUCGCAAGAAUUAUGGACAGCUGGACAUCUUCCCAACCCGGGAUGCCUACCACCCUAUGAGCGAGUACCCCACCUACCACACCCAUGGGCGCUAUGUACCCCCUGCCAGUACCAGUCGAAGCCCCUACGAGGAGGUUUCCUCGGGUAAUGGUGGCAGCAGCCUCUCUUACAUGAACCCAGCAGUGGCAGCCACUUCUGCCAACUUGUAGGGGCAUGUCACAUACUAAGCCAAGCAGCCAACCAGUGCCAGCCUGCCUCCUCAGGUUCUCCACAGCCAGUGCUUUUUGCCCCUCUGCUCUGCCCAUGGCUUCCCCCAGAGGCCCCACUAAGUUCCCUAACCCCUCACAGCCUGGUGAAGUCCACACCUGCCCCAGGGGUAUGCCUGGGGAGUGGUGCAGUUGUGGCUCAGGGGUAGAACAAGCCCAGAGAUGGGUAUAGGAACUUGAAUAUG